AGCAAAGGGAACCCAGCUGGAAGCUUCUCUAGAGGAAGAUGGAGAACCCGCUUCUUUUAUUCCCCCAACUCAACAUUUCUGCUUCAAAGGAUAAACCCUAUUACAAAGUCAUGAAACCAGCGAUUAAGGAAGAGCCAAACAAGGCAAGCAAGCCUGGAGCUAAGCAGAAGAGAAAUAGGCUGAGCCUGCUCCUGCAGAAACCUGAGUUCCAUGAAAGUGAUCACCUUGGCAAACCUGGAAACUUGACAAAAGCAGCAAGCAGUGUGUCUCCUGAAGAAGCAGUGAAAUGGGGAGAGUCUUUUGACAAACUACUUUCUGAGAAAGCUGGGCUGGAUGCCUUCACAAAGUUUCUGAAAACUGAGUUCAGUGAGGAGAACAUCGAAUUCUGGAUAGCCUGUGAGGAUUACAAGAAAAGCAAAAGCGCACAUGAUCUUCUGCCAAAAGCCAAGACCAUUUUUGAAACAUUCAUACAGAAAGAUGCUCCAAAAGAGGUGAAUCUGGACUUUCACACCAAGGAAGCCACAAGCCAGAGCAUGGGGCAGCCCCUGCGCAGCACCUUCGACGCGGCGCAGAGCACGGUGUACCGGCUGAUGGAGCAGGACAGCUACCCGCGCUUCCUGCGCUCCGCCGCCUACCGGGGCCUGCUGCAGGGCCGGCCCGCGGCCCGCGCCCCGCUCCGCCGCCGCUCCCGCUCCUUCACCGUCAGCGACUUCCAGGGCGUGCGGCCGGACCUCACCCUGUGGUGA